ACGCAACUACCGCACAUGGACGCUGUCCGGUCGCUACGUAGCAACCAAGUCCGAGCCGAGCUCGGUUGCUACGUAGCGACCGAGCAUCCGUCCUGCUCGGUCGCUACGUAGCGACCGAGCUCGAGCCAAAGCGGAAAACUAGUUGAGUCGCAGCUCGGUUCCCACAGCUAGUCUAGCGACCUAAAUCUAAACUAGUUGAGUCGCAGCUCGAUUAGUAAAAACGGAAAAAGAUGCCUAAAUUGCUCUAAGUGCUAAGUUGCUCUGAUGUGCUCUGAUCUCUCCUCCCUCUUCGUCCUAGGUCCUCCUAAUAUACUCCUCCUUAGGUCGGUUUACCUCUUCUUGGGCCGGAUUUAUCGCGAAGCGGGCUUUUCCAUAUUUCCUUCUUCUUUGUGAUUAUCUUCGGAAAUUUGACAUUUAUCUUUGCGGAAAUUUGACAUUUACUGCUUUAUAAUCUAUCAGCCUAGUUUAUUAUAAAUUGUUUAGCUCUAAUCGGUUCCCUAGCUCCUUGUUUAUUCGAUCCCUAAGUACUAUAACUCGACCUCUUUUGAUGAGGGUAACACUCUUUAGAGUAAUUUGACUGAUAUCAAAUUUGACGCCGUUGCCGGGGGAGCUUUGAUCGCCAUUAGAUCUUGUUUAGUUAGAUUUAGUCUAGGUUUUGUUACUGUUCGAAAAACUCAUAAAUUUUUUUCUUCUAUUUCAGGUACAUACAUGUCAGUACCAGAGCAAUGAAGAGAGGAUUUCUAGGUCCUUCGAGGAAGGAGCCUGCUGGUCUAUGCACGAUCCGUAAGUCUAAGAGGGAAGUAUCGAUCGACACCCUCCAAGCAGAAUCGAUCGACAGCAUACACCAUCAAUCGAUCGACACAAUUCAUCCGACGUCGAUCGACAAACGACAAGCAGCGGUGAUCGACAGAGCCAACAAAUAGUCAAACAACACUGUUCACCGUGGUACUAUUCAUCGAGGUACUGUUGAUCCAGGUACUGUUCAUCAUAAUACUAUUCAUCCUAGUACUGUUCAUCGCGAUACUAUUCAUCGCGACACUAUUUACCUACACUAUUCAUCUUCCGAUCUCUCACUACCUGGAAUGACAUCAGAUAUGCCUUCCUCAACAAAUUUCUCUAUGAUGCUGCAACAAAUCUAGAGAUUGAGAUAAGGUCUAUGCUGGAAUAUAUGGUGGAGGAUGAUGAGCAACAUGAGUCUGGAAAGCUGAGCACAGUAGAAGUAGCUGAUAUUAGUGACACGAGCUCAUCAUCGAUCGACACCCUUACCAUAACAUCGAUCGUCACCCCCACCUCAUCGUCGAUCGACCCCAGUACCUCAGAAAUGAUCGACACAGACUUUUGUCAUCGAUCAAUUCCACUUGAAAUCCCUGAAAUAUCGAGUUGUCCUCAGGACAUUGCAAACUCGACACAGGAGAGCAUCGAUGGAUCAAGCUGUGAUCUUACCUCAGAUGUCGACAAAGUCACUCUGAAAGACUUUCUGGAGUUGGAAGAAUGGCUUUGGCAGAAGCUUGAUGAUCAGCCCGCUUCGGGAAAAUGUCUGGAAAAUUCCUUAAAGGCUGAGGACAUCGACCGACAUAAACCUUAUGAGAUCGAUCGACACCAACCCUUCGACAUCGAUCUACAGUCGCCGUCUAACAUCGAUCAACAUACACCCGACUGUAUCGCUCGAUACCCACCGAAUUGCAUCGAUCGACACCCAUUUUUGGAUGAACUAUCAGGAUACAUGAUUGAACCAGAACUGGUUGAAAGAAAAGAACACACGUCUGGAGCCUCACACCUUUCUGUCCCCGAAAAUCUAAGACCACCUCUAUGCGAAGAAGAAGCUGUUGGGAUUUGCAAAAGAGUGAAGAGGAUACAUGAUCCUGUGAAGUUUGUUUUUCCAUAUGAAGUGUUUGAAGCUGAAUCUCCUAUCCCACCAGAUAAAAGUAUGGAGUUAAGUUCCUACGGUGGAGUAUUUGAUGAUAAUAAGUACGUAGAAGCUUCUCAAAGAGGGCUGCGAUUUAGAGAUCAAGUAAAUAACUGCCCAGCAGAAGUACCAUCGAGCGACAUCAACAGAACAAAAUCGAUUGACACUAUCAUUUCAUCAUCGAUCGAUACCGGUCAGAUACCAUCGAUCGACACCCUUCGCGAAUCAGAGCAGAAAGAGUUUGAAGUGUGUCAGAAUCUUUUUGAUGGAGGCACCACCAUGCGAUCAGAAAAGUCUGGGGGAAAGAAGAGGCAGAAUUGGAAGAAGAGGAAAAGAAUCAAGGGAGAUCCUCAGUUAUCAUUGAUUCCCCACUUCUCAGAUGGUGUCAGAAAAUCCAGAGUGCGCAGCAGAUGCUUCUCACAGCCUUUUGCAAAGCUCAAAGCACUCCUUAUUGCUGAAAUGAUAAACAAAGGAGAAGAGUAUAUGGAGGAGGCUUUCACACAAGAAUGAUAAAGCUUCAAAGAGUAGACAUUGAGACUUGGUUUGAAGCAAGUUCUCAUUCUUAUGCGGACUUAAUCAGAUCUCCAGAAGUCAAGCUAAUGACUAAAAAUAAGCACUGAGUGGGAUGCAACCCACUGUUAGGUAAUUUUAAAUAUGGUUUAUCUUUCAUUUAUUACUGAUUCUUUGUUUUCUAAAGAUUACAGGUAUAAAAAAAAAUAAACAGUAACAACGGUACUAUAGCAGAGACACUGUAGCAGCAACAUCGAGCGACACUGUAGCAAAGCACUGUUCAUCGAAAAAAAAUAUUAUUAUUAUUUUUAUUGAUUAUUGGUUUUAUUAUUUAUUUAUUAAUUGUAUUAAAUGUUUUGUUUAUGUUCGGUAAAAGGACAAGAUCCGAGGAAGACGAGAUUGCAGGAGAAUCGAUGAUGGCUACGUAGCAUCGAUCGACAGAGCAUCAAGAGUAUCGAUCGCCACUUAACUGUGUUGCUCGACACUCACAUCCAAGCAGGUAUACCGUUUUUCCUUGUUAAAUAUUGUCCUUAUGAUUUAUUUUUCCACCAAUCUUAGACUGGAUAGCGCUAGUGAUAGUGUUGUUUAAGUCUGGGGGAAGUUCUACUAAUAUUGUGUUUUAGUUAGUUAAAAAAAAAAAAAAACAGAUCCGAGUAGACGAUUGCUCAGCACAUCGACCGAUGACACCAGCUCGAUAUCGAUUGACAGCGCUUCAUAUCCAACAAUCGAUAGUCUCUUCAUUGUGUUGAAUGAUUGCUCUAGCCAUCGACCGAUGAGACCAUGUCACUAUCAAUCGACAGCACUUCAUCAACAUCGAUCAAUUGUCUAUUCAUUGUGUCGAUCGACACUGAUGUCGAGCACGUUAUCGUUCUUACUUGUUAAAUUGUCUACUUAUUAUUUAUGUUCUAACCAUAACUCCGACUAGAUAUACACCGGGGACAGUGUAAUUUAAGUUUGGGGGGAUGUUUACUGAUAUUUGUUUAUCUAUUGAGUUUUAUAAAAUGUUUUCAAAACUGUUUUUAUUAAGUCAAGAAGGGGAUAAUGAACUUAUUAGAUUCAUGCUUGUUAUCUAACCACUCUUUAGCACCAUUCUAGACUAACUGAUUGCAGAUAGUACUAAAAAUACUAAAGUGGAUCAACCUGUCAACUAUGUUCACAUUUGCUGAGAUUGUUUGAAGGAACCGAAGCUGACCUCCAACCUAAUUUGACUUAACUGCUUGUCUUAGAGCUUGGUAUACACUGGAUCGGAUUCCUCCUUCAGGUCUGAAAGGUAAAAGUCUGAGUGAUUUUGGUUUCCUUCUCUCCUCCCUUUGGCAUCCUAAUAAAAUAAAAUAAAAGAUUGAGAUGAUUUCUUGCGGUUUAGAGGGGUAGGAGCGUCUCCUGCGACCCCAUUAUUCUACUUUAAUAGAAUGAUCACACAUUGUUGGAAGCGAGGAGUAGGUACAUUAGCGAUGACCCCACUAUUCGCCUACACUUUGACAAGAAAAGAAAAAAAAUAAUAAAAAAA